CCCAAGAAAGUUCCAAAAGGAAAGCCACACUGACAGAGACAGUUGAGUCGUUGCACAACUUUCCUGCUGACCGCACCUCAAACUGAAUUUGAUCCGACAGCCAUGAAUUCUGCAGGUUUCCCACCUGAGACUGUCCCAUUGCAGGGGAAAUACGAAGGGUUUCAUGGACAGCCUGGAGGAUCUGCAGGGGUUCAAUACACCACUGUGAGCGUCCCCCCUGAGCCCCCCAGGGACCACAUCAUCUGGUCCCUCUGCUGCCUUUUCUACUCAAACCCCUUCUGCCUGGGACUGGCGGCUCUCAUCUUCUCCAUCAAGGCCAGAGACCGGAAGGUGGUUGGAGAUAUGGAAGGAGCCCGGCGCUACGGCUCCACCGCCCGCUGCCUCAACAUCUUGGCCUCAGCCCUGGUUUCCAUCAUGGUCCUUAUUAUGUUCAUCACUGCAUGUGUACUGGCCUCCCAAAUAUACGAGCUCUUAAAUUCCCGUUAUAGAGGUUAAGUUUCAAGGGCAUGAGAGUUUUUCUGCAGCUGUGGCUUGGUGAUAUUUUCUCUGCUUUACGCUUAUGGCUCCAGAUUUAACCUAUUUACUCAUAUCAUCAAGCAAAACAUUGGACUCCUGCAUGUUUCCUUCAUGACAAUUUGUAGUGAGGUUUGGCAUUCAGUCUUGGCCUUCCCUGGCAUUCCCUGACAAGUCAAGACUUGUCAGACUUGUCAGGGAGUGUUUGUUAAUAAAUUCCCUGUCGAGGAGAGUUUCAUUUGUCAAUAAAUGUAUCACUUUCAUAACCCUGA